AUGGUCUCGAUCGCCGCCCUCUUCAACAAAUAUGCCUACCACGAGUCGGGACUCGCAUCGCUCUGGAUCACGGGUCGGGAUGCGUGGCUAAUCAUCUUUGCGCGCUGCUGUCGCAUGUUCGCCUAUGGCGCCAGCUCGCUCAUCCUCGCCCUGUUCUUCAACGAGCUCCAGGUCUCAGAUUCCCGUAUCGGCUUGUUUCUGACCCUGACGCUCGUUGGCGAUGUCAUCCUCUCGCUUGUCAUCUCCCUGAUCGCCGACAGAGUGGGUCGCCGCCGGACUCUGCUGGGGGGCGCCAGUCUGAUGGUCUUGGCCGGCCUGACCUUUGCGCUGAGUGACAACUACUGGAUUCUUCUUCCGGCUGCCUGCGUGGGUGUGCUCAGUGCUACGGGUGGGGACACUGGUCCUUUCAGGGCCAUCGAGGAGUCCACACUGUCGGAGCUGACCGUCCCAGAGACCCGCGCCGACGUCCUGUCUUGGUAUAUCACGACGGCGGCCCUGGGCUCCGCCUCGGGUACCGCCGCAGCGGGACGUCUUGUGUCGUGGCUUCAGGCCAGGGAGGGCUGGACCCUCCUCGCCGCAUACCACGUCUGCUUCGCGGUCUAUGCCCUCAUGGGCACCCUUGCCUUCAUGGCCGCUUUCGUUCUCUCCCCGAAGUCGAAGGCCAACAGAUUGGCCCAGAUAUCGAAAGAGACGCGGAAUGUCAUGUACGCCCUGUGGUUCCUGCUCAUGGUCGACUCGCUCGCCGACGGCAUGGUCUCCAUGAGCCUGACGACGUACUACAUGGAUGAGAAGUUUCAUCUGCCCAAGUCGACCUUGGGCGACGUGCUCUCAGCUAGUUACUUCCUCGCCGCCUGCUCCACGGUCUUCGCAGGGCCCCUGUCGAGGCACAUUGGCCUCGUCAACACCAUGGUCUUUACGCAUAUCCCGUCCUCUCUGGCCGUCUUGAUCUUUCCUCUCCCACAGAGCAAGUUCCUGACCUUCGCCCUCCUCCUUCUGAGGGUGGGGCUCAACAAUAUGGACCAGGCACCGCGCGCGGCACUCAUCGCCGCCGUCGUCAAGCCCGAGGAGCGCACGGCUGUCAUGGGCAUCACCAGCACUCUACGCACCCUCGCCAACGUCACAGGCCCGAGCUUCACGGGCCUGCUUGCGGAUAACGACAGGUUCUGGAUCGCUUUUGUAGUCGGAGGCGCCCUCCGACUUGCCUACGACAUCGGGCUGUUUGUCAUGUUCAUCAACAUUCAGCUGUACAAGCACGAGCCUGUCAAGGGCAUGGAGCAGACUGCUGCUAGGCUACGGCUCUCAAGCGACGACGAGGACGAAGGCGAUGACGAUAAGGUGUUGCCAUCCAAGGGACACAUAUCGAAGAAUCUACCAGUCUAG